AUGAGCGAGCCAGUUGCCGAAAAUGAAGAUUAUUUAGUUGCACUUAACUCAAAUGGAUUACCACAAAGACAAUGUACAGUGAGGAUUAUUCCUCCGGUCUCUACUGUGGUCAAAUCUCAAUCGAGAAAACGACCACUGCAGCAACCGUUACAGCCACUCCCUCCAUUUAAUCCAGAUUCAUACGGAGAUAUGAUUCCAGAAGAUGUUCCAAAGCCAGUCUGUGAAAUAUGCUCAUUAGCUUAUCUAACAUGGGCGGCAUUUGAAUAUCAUAUGCUCCGUUAUCAUAUACAGUAUCGUCCUUAUCGAUGUGCUGGAUGCAAACAUUUAUCAUUUCAUACAGAAGCAGAAGGACGACAUCAUUCAACUUGUUUUCACGGUCCUGCACUAAAUCAUUUUCCACUAAUAAAACGAACGGAUUUCGAAAAAGAGAGCGAAUGGAUGGAAUGUCUUCAAAAUGCGAAAACUACAGACGACUUGGCUAUAUCAUUUUCGAGAGAACGACUUGAUGAUGGUCUUAAAUUAAUAGAAAAAGUACAAAUGUCCAAAUUUCGAGCUCAAAGGGCCCAACUUCCGUACUGUAUUAGACAUGAAAUAGGUCAAAUAGAUGUAUCAACAGGAUCAGACGUUCCAGAAGGAGAGAAUCAACCAAGUUUUCAGUCAACGGAGGACUUCUACGAGGAUCGAGAUAUCGAGUACAACUACGAGGAUGUUGAUGUUUUAGGGAAUAAUUGA